AUUUCAUUCGAGGCCAAGGCAUAAAUAAAAUAAUAUGAUAUUAGUACUUGCUAAAAAAAUACGACAUAAUUUGGUUGUGUUAUGUAUGUGGUGGGAUGGCCCGCUCCGAAGUUAACAAUAACAAAAAGGGUAAAUGACGAUUAUAUGAAAACGAUAGUAGUGGUGCUAUCAACACAUUUGAAUACCUCUUUAUCUGGGUAUGAAGAAGCAUUGUUUGGUUCUACAUUUCGCCAAAUCUGUUAGACGCGCUUGCCUUUUCUCGGAAGGAUGAAUCCAAAUCGCGCAUUACCCCAAUCCAAAGAGGCUUUAUUGAAAUCUUAUCAAGUGCGGUUGAAAGAUGAUGUUAAAAGCAUGCUUGAAAACUUUGAAGAAAUUAUAAAACUCGCUAGAGGUGAAGGCGACUCUCAAAUAUCGAAAACCACACAGUGUGAACAAGAUACUUAUGAAAUGCAAGUCCGUGCAGCAAACAUAGUGCGUGCGGGUGAAUCUCUGAUGAAGUUGGUUUCAGAUAUUAAACAGUAUUUAAUUUUAAAUGACUUCCAUUCAGUCAAUGAGGCUAUUGCUAAUAACUCACAACUGUUUCGCACCACCCAGAGGGAUUGUGACAAAAAAUUAAUGAAAUUACGCGAUGAGAUGGCAAUGGAUUUGUAUGAUCUAGAGGAGGAGUACUAUACGAGUAUAUUUAAAUAGUACCUCAAGUAUUCCAAAAGCUAAUAAAAUAACCGUUUUGAUAGGAA